AGGGGAUGUGGAGUACACCUUGCCUGGAAUCACUACAGUGGGCCGAAGUCCCUGCCUGUGUCCUGGGCAUGGUCACCAAAUCAAGCUCCUGUGCUGCUAAUAAGAGUCGGAAGUGGGAAGGGUGUAGUGAGAUCGGUGGUUGUGGAGAAAUAUUUUAAAUGAACAGUUUGUUGAGGGUUCUCAGCAAUCCAAAUAAUGUAAUUGCUCUUUCAGCCAAUUCAUUCAGAUUAAUUUAUUGAGAAUUAAGUGCCCAUUCAAAAGGGUACUCAUUCUAACAUUUCUCAAUAUGUCAUAUUGUAUGCAGAAAGCUUUUAAACUAUUUGGUAUCAGUUCUGCUGAGUCAUCAAUAACCUCAGAUAUGCAGAUAACACCACCUCUUACAGCAAAAAGCGAAGAGGAAUUAAAGAGCCUCUUGAAAGUGAAAGAGGAGGCACCCGUGCGAACAUGGCGCUGCGCGCGGCGCGGAGCGUGCGGGUCGCGGUUGGUAGCCUGCGCGCCAUCUCGGCACCCAACGCGCCCUGCUCGCCGCGGCCCUGGGGACUGCGAGCGGGUGCCGUCUGGGAGCUGCGCACCGGCCCUGCUCUGCUGUCGGUGCGUAAAUUCACAGAAAAACACGAAUGGGUAACAACAGAAAAUGGUGUCGGAACAGUGGGAAUCAGCAAUUUUGCACAGGAAGCUUUGGGAGAUGUUUACUGUAGUCUGCCUGACGUUGGGACAAAGUUGAACAAACAAGAGGAGUUUGGUGCUUUGGAAAAUGUGAAAGCUGCUAGUGAACUCUACUCUCCUCUAUCAGGAGAAGUAACUGAAAUUAAUAAAGCUCUAGCAGAAAAUUCAGGACUUGUCAACAAGUCUUGUUACAAAGAUGGUUGGCUGAUCAAGAUGACAUUCAGUAACCCUUCAGAACUAGAUGAACUAAUGAGUGAAGAAGCAUAUGAGAAAUACAUAAAAUCUAUUGAGGAGUGAAACUGGAACCCCUAAAUAAACUACUUUGAAACAACUUAA